ACUGUCAUAAUAUGAUUUAGAUCACAAUAAAAUGUGGCGUUUGUGUGUUGUGUUUGUGAUCUGUAUAGUAGCUAUAGAAAAUGCGAGGGCGGAAGUUAGACCCGGUGAUCUGAAAAUAAUCGGGAGGUUCAAGCGUUCCCCACAUUACUGCGAACCGCCGCCAUAUUGGCCCCCACCACCGCCACCGCCGCCACACUGGCCCCCACAUCGGCCACACUGGCCCCCACCGCCUCCGCCGCCACCUUACUGGGAAUACCAACCAUCCCACGACUCCUACCGUCAACCCGAGCACCAAGCGAAGCCGUGUGAAACGUGCGGUUCAUCGUCAGGGUCAUAUGCGUCAAGUAACUCUGAAAGUGAAUCGGGGAAUGCUAUAGCAGUCGCUGUGGCUAGAGCGAAAGCACAGAAUUAAAAAGAAAAUGGAAAACGUCUGCGUGUAAAUGUUUUUUUUUUACCAUGCAUACAUAAAAUCACGUCAAUUAUUCCUUGCGGGAUAGACAAACCAAAAGUCUCGCAAAGACUGAAAGGCCACGUUCAUCUGUGCGGCUUGAUAAUGGAAUUCAGAUUCAAAUAGUGACAGGUUGUUAGCUCAUCGCCUUAAAGAAGAAUCCCAAGUUUCAGUGGCGUAACUACAGUGUGGCAAUGCCACGGGCUCCCAGCCGGAAGGGGCCCCCGGUCAGAGGAGAAUCCCAACUCCCAACAUUUCUUAUUUAUCAUACAUGUUUAGUAAAAAAAAGUUUUAGUCUUUGAUUUAUUUUUGUUACCUACUCAGUUUCCUACACAAGUAAAAAAAAUAUUAAAAAUUCAAAGCUUUUGUAAAAAAAGGGUUGUAACCCAGUUUUAGAACGUACCUAUCCGAUGAAUUUGCCACGGGCAACGAAUGGUAUAGUUAUGCCACUGCCAAGUUUUAAAGCCUAUCCCUUAUUCGCCUUUUACAACCUUGUUUCUAAGCCUUGAUCUUAAUUGACUUGUACAUGCCGUGUGGUUUCCAGCACUCCACAAUAGAACUACUCCAUAUCUUUCCUAUGGAUGCCGUAAAAGGCGACUAAAGGAUAGGCUUAUAAAAUGGGGAUUCUUCUUGUAGGCGAUGGGCCAGCAACUCGUCACUAUUUGAAUCUCAAUUCCAUCAUGAAUCCGUACAGCUGAACAUGGCCUUUCAUUCUUUUCGAGACUGUUGCCUCUGUCUACUCCGCAAGGGAUAAGACGUGACUAUAUGUAUAUGUAUGACUUUUACUAUCUGCACAAGAAGAGAAACAGCUGGCACGUAGUAUAUUCUUUGCUUCCAGACUAUUAUAGAAGUGUGAUAAUAUAUGUGUGAUAGAUAUAUUUUUUUUGUAAUGUUGUAUUAUUAUGACUGAAUAUUUAAUAAAUAUAUUAGUUUAUUAUGUUAGUUUA